GGAAAUGUACACGAAAUUUGUCCUCGUCCUAUAUUGUAGAUGUGCGAAUGUGUACGAAUAAGCUGAAUUAUGCCCAGUCAUCAAGCCUAUAGGCCUGCUGUGUGCCAUAAUUAGACCAUGAAUAUCACAGUAAAGGUUUAUGACACAGUACUGUGCGUAUGACCGGCGACACUCCGGCAAUUUUACCUAUCACUAUGCCUCUCCAGACUACGGUUAUCGGGAGUUAUCCCAAACCAGAGUAUCUCAGCUUCCUCCCCGACUGGUUCAAUAGGGAAUCAAGCGAAAACUUCUCGAUGGAAGAAUACAAUAAGGCACUACUGGAUCAUCAGCAAGACCUUGAGCUUUUGACAGAGAAGGCUACCAGAGAAGUAAUUGACGAACAAAGUGAAAUCGGCAUCGACGUCAUCACGGACGGAGAGAUCGUUAGAGAGAACUACGUUUACCAUAUGUGUCGACAAAUCAAGGGCAUUGACUUCGUCAACACCAAGCGAAUCAGCAUGAGGAAUGGAGCUUGUACGAUCGAUUGUCCAGUCAUUGUCAGCAAACUAGAAGAAAGGGACGGUCCAUCACAGUGGACCCAGUGGAAGAGGGCUCAGGCCAUGUCCAAGAAACCUGUCAAGUAUACGUUACCCGGGCCCAUGACUAUACUUGGGUCAACCCAUUUAGACAAGGGAGGAGCAUACCAAUCACAUCGAGAGGUCAGUGAAGACCUUGUCCUCAUUAUCAACCAAGAAAUCCAUGCACUUGCAAACGCAGGUUGCAAGUUUAUACAAGUUGACGAACCAGUCCUGGUGAGGAACCCGGAUGUGGCACUCGAAUACGGGAUAGAUCACCUAAAAAGAUGUUUCCAGGGUAUUGGGCCAGAGGUGACAAAGGUCAUUCACCUAUGCUGUGGAUAUCCCAAUUAUUUGGACCAGGAAGACUACCUCAAAGCAGACCCUUUAAUCGUCCACAUCUUGGCUGAAAAACUUGACAACAUAGGUAUUGACCAAAUUUCAAUUGAGGAUGCCCACUCCUACAACAAUCUCGAACUCUUUUCAAAAUUCAAGAAGACAAAGGUCAUUGUUGGCGUCGUCAAAAUUGCAAGCAGCAAGAUCGAAUCAAAGGAAGAAAUAUGCAAGCGAGUCACAGACAUUUUGAAAUAUAUUCCCAGCGAGAGACUCAUCCUGGCACCAGACUGUGGUUUGGCAUUUUUAGCCGAUCCGGAGUUGAGGAAGACUAAACUAAAGACGAUGGUAGCUGUGGCCAAAAUGUUCUAGGAAGUCACAAUUUCACGGUGUGUAAAGGUAUCAGUGAAAGAAUAUGUGCUCACAUGGAGAGGAAGUGACAACACAAAAGAGACAGACAAGGGAGGCAGAUUGUCAAAUGUUUUCUUCUUUUUGUUUCAUUAUACCAGGGUUGUAGACUGUAGCUAGUGUUUCAUGUACAUGUAUGUAUGUAAUGUAUUGAUUUGUAAAUAAAAAUCAAAGUAUGCAUUGA